CACGUUGCCGCCGUGUGUGGGAGCGGCGCGGCCGCGUGCGAGGCCGUUACGUAACGGCGCCGCGGAGGGGCGGGAGGCGCCGUCCUCGUCCCCGGGCCGAAAUGGACGGCAGCGGCGCGGGGCUGAGCGCGGGAAGCGGCUCCGACGGGGAUCGGCGCGACGGAACGGAGUGCGGAGGCUUCAGUGAUCAGCUGGAUUGGAGUCAGUCGCACAAAGAUCUGAUGGUGAUGAUCCAGGAAAUCAAAAAGUGUUUGCCUGAAGAGAAAAGGAGUUCCAGCAAGCCCAGUACCAUCAGUGCUCUCAAUUAUGCUUUACGGUGUGUACAGCAGGUCCGAGCAAACAAUGAGUUUUUCCAGGCUCUCAAUGACCGAAGAAUGUUCCAGACAGAUGUGAUGACAUACAGCACAGAGGAGCUGGUGACACUUGCAUCAGAACGCACUCCAAAAAACAAUGACACCUUUGUGGCUGUGUUUUCCCUGCUUUCUGGGCGUAUAGUGCAUAUUUCUGAGCAGGCAGCAUCCAUUCUAAACUAUAAGAAGCAAGUCUUGGAAUCCUCCCGGUUUGUAGAGCUUCUUGCCCCUCAGGAUGCAAGUGUGUUCUAUGCACACACUGAUCAGUCUCACUUGCCGCUUUGGAACACAGAAAGUCAAACAGCCUCUCUAUAUGAAUAUGCCCAGGUGAAAUCCUUUUUCUGCAGGAUCAGAGGUGGUAAAGAUCAAGAACAAGAAAUGCACUGGUACCCAUUCCGAAUCACCCCGUACUUGGUCCACGUGUGCACCUCUGUCCAUGUGGAUGCAGAGUCCUGCUGCUUAGCUUUGGCUGAGAAAAUUCACUCUGGAUAUGAAGCUCCUCGAAUUCCUAUGGAUAAAAGAAUCUUCACCACCACUCACACUCCAGGAUGUGUUUUUCUUGAGAUAGAUGACAGAGCAGUGCCUUUGUUGGGUUACUUACCUCAAGAUUUGAUUGGAACAUCCAUACUGAUGUAUUUGCAUCCAGAAGAUCGUCCUUUAAUGAUCGCUAUUCACCGUAAAAUCCUGAAGUUUGCUGGCCAGCCUCCUUUUGAAUAUUUACCCAUUAGAUUUUGCACUCAAAAUGGGGAUUAUGUCAUCCUGGAUACCAGCUGGUCCAGUUUUGUGAAUCCAUGGAGCAGGAAAGUAGCGUUCAUCAUUGGCCGACACAAAGUCCGAACAAGCCCUCUGAAUGAAGAUGUCUUUGCUACAAGAAGUCAGGAAGCUAGCAGUGUUGAGAAAGAGAUAAAAGAAUUGCAAGGGCAAAUCUACAAGCUGCUUCUGCAGCCAGUUCAUAGCAACGUUUCCAGUGGUUAUGGUAGCCUUGGUAGCAGUGGUUCUUAUGAGCACUAUAUCAGUGUAGCAUCUUCAAGUGACUCCAAUGGGAACUGCGCAGAGGAAACACAAGAACCAAUGACUUUGCAGCAGGUGUGUGCAGAUGUCAACCGGAUAAAGAAUCUGGGACAGCAGUUGUAUAUUGCAUCAAGGAGCAAGCCACAGAAUGGAAACGAUCAGCCUAUGAGUUCAGAAAUGCUAGAAGGGAAGAGGCACAAUGCUUCCUGUUUUCUCCCGACCUUGGGAAGUGAUAGCACGGAAGAACUGGGCCAUGCACUUUAUGAUGAUUUGAAGAAGACUCCACAUGUUCCUUCCUAUCAGCAGAUUAAUUGUGUUGACAGUAUCAUCAGAUAUCUAGAGAGCUGCAGUAUUCCACUACUGAAAAGGAAAUGUAAAUCUUCUACAAAUACAUCAUCAUCAUCUUCAGAGGGUGACAAGAAAAACCAGCAAAGACUGCAGGAGAUCAAGGCAUUGGGAGGCAACGGAAAGGAUCCUGGCAAUUAUACUGCUGAUCCUUCAUCAGUUAAUUCCCGAACUCCAGUAUUUGCUGAUCAGGAAGAGGUGCUGAAAAAGCAGACAAAUGAAGGCAUUGUGGGAGCUCCUCUGCCAGACCUGACCCUGUCCAACAGGUCUCCAAGUGUGGUGUCUGCCACCAGCCAGUGCAGUUACAGCAGCACUAUUGUGCAUGUCCCACACCCUGAAUCAGAAGUGACUACAGUGGAGAAUACUCCUGUUGGAAAUGAACACAUUGAGCUGCCUCCUCCAAAUGCUCAGAAUCUGGUUGCAGUGACUGAGGGGUUGAAGCCAGUUGGGCUAACAAAAGAGACUUUGUCAGCCCACACUCAAAAGGAAGAGCAAAACUACGUUGACAAGUUCCGCCGGAGGAUCCUGCUCUCUCCACUUAGGACUUACCUUCAGCAGGAUGGCAGAAGUAACAUUGGGCGUUUCUGUGACCAAGGAAGUUCUCCUUCAAAGGAGAUGGCUCAAGCCAGCUGUAAAAAUGGCAAAAAAGGAAAAUUCAAACACCAGAAACCUCAGAGACGGUCUUCAGACAGACGAUCUUGUAGUAAGAAUAGAAAUGGUCUUCCAUGUGAGAAGAGAAGAAUUCAGAAGCAGUCACUUUCUCCCUCAGAAGUGUCCCAUUUAAGCUCCUCCAGUAUGAAUUUCUUUCCUCCUGUGGGAUAUCCUGUCUAUUCAGAUGCGCUGUCUAGUUUUCCUGCCUCUUCUGUAGGAGAGGAACUCGCCAUUUGCUCUUCAAAACCUGAGCCCACAUCAUUGUCACAGCUGUGCUGUGGAGCACCAUCAUUCCCAGGGCUUUCUUCCCCAAACAUAGGGAUGUUUAUGGCCGUAUUUUUUCACAGUUUCCCCAUAUAUACCCAGGUGCCUCAAUAUGCCUUUCUUCCUAGCACUCAGAAUGUUUAUCUCCCUUCAUAUCCAUGCACUGCCGUACCUCCUGCCCCUCCUCCUCCAGCUCCCUCACCAAUAGCCCCAAAUUCUGUGGAUCAGUCCUGUCCGGCCUCUUCUGCCACAUCCACUGAGGAGCAGCUGGAGGGACAGCAUGGCCGGGCCCUACAGCUGAGUAGCUCACGGAGCAGCUCCCCACUUCAGCUGAAUUUGCUUCAAGAAGAGCUGCCAGAAUCUGCGGAGCCUUCACUUAGUACUGAUGUUAAAGCAUGUGCAGAAGCUAAUUGUGACAAUAGUCUAGAAGAUAGUGGUAACAGUGCCAGUAGCCAUUGCGCUUCUAGUGAAUGCACUGACCGCUUGCUGCAUGAGGACUCCCAGUCAGGCACAGGUUCAGCAGCAUCAGGCAGUGGAUUGGCUUUAUCUAGUUCUUUAGGCUCUCACUCCUGUGAAACUUCUGGUGGUGGCACAGCAGACAGUGGGAAAAACAGCAACUGUUUUGCCAGUAAUGAUUCUUCUGAAACUUCCAAAGCAGAGACUGAUCAAGAAGCAAAAGAAAAAGAGACACCUCAUAAAUCUAAAUAUGAGUCAGCCUGGGUGAUGAUGGAUCACACACCUGAGCAAGUUCUAAUGACGUACCAAAUGCCUAACAGAGUUAAAGAGGAAGUUUUAAAAGAGGAUAUGGAGAAGCUGAUAGUCAUGCGAAAGCAGCAGCCUUGGUUUUCAGAUAGACAAAAGAGGGAGCUUGCAGAAGUGCAUACGUGGAUCCGGACACAGACUGUCCCACUACAAAUCAACACUCAAGGAUGUGUUACAUGUGACAUCAGGGAAGCAACUUGUGAGUCUGCAAUGGCUGAUGACAAUAUGGAAAACAAGGGAAAACCGCUUCCAGUCUUGGAACACUGAAGCCAUCGCUGCCUGUGACAGUAAAACUGGUUGGAAUAAUUCCCAUUCCCUUUUCCUUUGGCUUUGCUACAUGCUAGCAGUGAAUCUCUCCAGCUGUCUUCUUCCACCAUAAGCAAUCAUACAUGAAACUAAACCCUUCUCCAUUGCUCCCUUUGCUCCUGGCAGGAUUUUGAGGACAAUCUUUCACUGGGAGGUUGUUUCCCUUCCUGACGUCAUAAGCUUGACAAGGAUGAAUGAUUAUGAAUGGAUUAUGUUUCUAACUUCUGAUUGCUCAGUGAUGAGCAAAAUAUAAAGAUUGUUUUUGUUUUGUGGUGGUGUACUGUUAUUUUUGUUUGGUUUUGGGUGUUUUUUUUUAACUGGACAGGUAAGAGUUUGAAGAGAUGCAGUGGUGGUUAAGAGCUUUCGUUGGUACAGCCCUGUUUGUUCUCCACUGAGGUAGAUGUGUUAGUACCAGUGAAUCUGAGCUACAGCAGAACGUCCUUCUAUUUUGUUUAUUCAAUCUGCAAAGAGAUUCUAAAGAUACUUUGAGGCUUUAAGUUCUACAGAAUGUCAUAGCCUUUUAAUGAGCGACUGAAAACUGGGUAAGUUAUUGGGCAUCAAAAUGCCUUCCUCCAGCUUGUGGCCAUCAAAAAAGUCCAAUAAACCGAAGUGAAAAGAAGCAAAGCUAUUCCUUAUGCUUUUCACAAGUAUUUUUUGAAUGUUAUUGCGUUUAUAGUGGUUUGCUAAUCCACUGUAAAUCAAGAACUGAAGUACACAAUUCAGGUAUUAUCUUACAGGAUCUGCUUUUUAAUGAAAGUCACGUGAAAAAUCUUCUUUUUCAGGGCUCUGUAGCCUAGCUAUCAGUACAGAUAGUUGGGUGUAAGCGUCGAUGGUUGCUGGUGCUCUGGGAAGUGAGUUUGUCUCUAAACUCUUUGUUGUUGUGUUAGAAUAGUUAGAUGAGUUCAAUCCAGAUACACCUAAUAGGAAAUAUUGAGCUGUUUCUGUGUUUUCUUGUGAUAAAGCUGAAUUUCUUGUUUCUUGAGGAGUCAACAUGUGGCAAUAAGCACCAAACCACAUAUUCAUUGUUUCUAAUCUGUGUUGGCUUCCUGGACAAAGCUUAACCUAUUUCUUUGUAAUGGAGUUACCAGCUGUUGAAAUGCAUGGAGGAGAAAUGGGUUUGUUCCUCAGCAGGUGGUAACCCCUUCCUCUUCAGACAGACGGGACAACUGUUGCUUAAAACCCAGCAAAUCUUGUCUGAUUCCUCUCUGUUUACCAACAACUGGAUGUAAUAAAGCAGGUUUUUAUUUCGGUAAUUAUCGGAGCCUUCUCAGGGAGUUUUGGAAGGUAAUUUGUUCAGCUUUUUGUGUGGUGAAACUCAUCUGUUAUGUGAAGGGAUUUCAGUUUAUUUACUAACGAGCUAUUUGUUGAGUGAGUUAAACAAUGCUUUGAUUUCAGAUAACUGGAAGAAAUGUAUAUUUAUCUGUAGGUUUUUCCUAUUUUUCGAACCAAUUCAGUGGAAAUCUUUGUCACUGCAGCUUAUUUCAUGAAAUGUUACUUUUGUUGGAUUUUAAGUGUUUGAGGCUAUUUUGACUUGGGCAGUGUUCUUUUUUUAUGGUAUUUCUACUCAUUUUGUUUAUAUGUAUUGCUUUCUGUUUGUUCUUAAGCUGCACUUCUUUGUCUUUCAUCUUGAGCUUUUCUUUUUUAACUUGUGAACUUUGCUGAUUUACAUGUUCUCAGCAUCUCGUGCUUGAAGCUUAAAUGCUUUUUAAAAUAAGAGGUUUACAUACAGAAAGUUAUACGCUCGAGUAGAAAAGCCUCUGACUUGCACAGUAAGUGUGGUACCUUACCCAUACUUUUACUUACAGCACUUUCCAAAUGUGGAAUGCAGUUUUAUAACCUCACUGCCUGAAACAUUUGCUCUAAAACAUGUAAUAAGCUGCUUUUUGUGUAGGUUCUUUCCCUAGUGGGGAAGGUUCUUAACUAACUUAUUCAUGUAAUUGAAUCAGUUCUGGUUAGCUGUACUUAAAUUCACUGCUUUGAUAGGGUUUGAGGCUUAGUGAAAUAGUCUGUUUCACUGAGUGAAAUGAAUAUUCUAAGGAAGGGCAUUUAUGUCCUUCAGAAGAGUUUAAGUGAAUAAGCCAAAAGGAAAGUGAGGUGUCUUAGCAUUAUAAGUCAUCAAUUUUAUAAAAGAAUGAGACUUGGUUUAGGAUAACGAUAACUGAGACCCAAUAGCUUGAAUAAUCCCUUUAAUUCCUAGGUCUGGAAACGUGUCCUUAUCCCUCUUGUAUAGAGAGGCAGGGGCAUGAAGGACUUACACAGGUGCACAGCCCCAGUUCAUAGCAAACCCAGGAGUGUAAUUUGGGGAUCUUUGUUCGCCCUGUGCUGUGCUGUCUUUGCUAUAAAUGGUCAAGAUUCUCACCUGUGUGUAUAAACCCGACCAUAUUAUACUGUUUCUCAUUGGAGAAUGUUAACCCUUGCUGUGCUAACUACUGCAUGAAGCUGUGCUCAGUAGAAUCACACAGAAGCAGAAAUCCUGGACAGUUUUUACAAUGGUAUGACCUCUGUGCCCCAUGAUCACGCACGGUGCAGGAGCCCAAGCCUUGGGGUUGAAAUCCAAAGCUCAUAAUCCUGGCUCAGGCUUGGAUUCAAGACCCUUAAAGAGAAACAAAGUGGUGAAUCAGUGGCCUGUGUGGUAG